CUAAAGGAAUCCAAAAGGGCAGUGAAUAGUCUUCGGGAUAUCGUUGAUGAUGAUGAUGAUGACGACCUUGAGAGGGUCAGCUGGAGCGGAGAACCUGUGGGAAGUAUCUCCUGGUCAAUCAAAGAGACAGCCUCCAGCAGCACUAGCUCGCUGGAGGGCCAAGACUCCGGCCUACAGAAGGGCUCUUCCCCCUAUGCUGCUUUUCCCAAACAAGUUUCCUCCUACUCCCUAAGCAGCCUAUUCAAAGGGCGAAACAAACUUCCGAGUUUCCAGUCCCUUUCAGAUGCCCUCUCUGACACAGGAGUUAAAAACUAUGCUCCAGAGCUGCGCAGACCGAAGGCUGAGUACAAGGAUUACAGCAGUGAUUGGAGCCCCAAAGAUACAGUCAGGCGAAUGCAGAGAGGCAAGGUCUGUUCUCUAGAGAGAUUUCGCUCCCUGCAGGACAAGCUGGUUCUCUUGGAUGAAGCUGUAGCAGGGCACGAUGGGAAUGUCAUUACAGCUGUCCUGAUAUUCCUGAAACGGACGCUAAGGAGAGAGAUCCUGUUUCGGGAGCUGGAGCUGCGGCAGGUGGCCUUGUGUCAUCUGAUCCAUUUCCUCAAAGAGACGGGUGAGCAGAAGUUGCUUCUGGAUCUGCUCAGGUUCCUAGACAGGACUGAGGAAGUCGCUCUGUCCCACUACAGGGAGCAUUUGAACAUCCAGGAUGCAGAAAAACGGAGGGAAUUUCUGAAAGGCUGCAUGGCGCUGCCAUUUUCAGCUGAGGAUGCCUCCCACAUCCAAGACCAUUACACCCUGUUGGAGCGACAGAUCAUCAUUGAGGCCAACGACCGGCACUUGGAGACAGCUGGGCAGUCAGAGCUAUUUCGGAAAUAUCCUCGCAAGGCUUCAAUUCUCAACAUGCCGCUAGUGACCACCCUCUUCUAUUCCUGUUUCUACCACUACACAGAGGCUGAGGGAACAUUCAGCAGCCCGACCAACCUGAAGAAAACAUUUAAGAUUCCUGACAAGCAGUAUGUGCUGACUGCCCUGGCUGCCCGUGCCAAGCUGCGAGCCUGGGGUGAUGUGGAUGCCCUCUUCACCACCAAGAACUGGCUGGGCUACACCAAGAAGAAGGCCCCUAUUGGCUUCCACCGGGUGGUGGAGAUCCUGCAGAAGAACAAUGCUCCUGUGCAGGUGCUGCAGGAGUAUGUGCGCCUGGUGGAGGACGUGGAGACACGGUUGAACCUUGCCACCAAAUACAAAUGCCAUGAUGUUGUCAUUGAGACAUACAGGGAUCUAAAGGAUCGCAUCCAGCUGAUGGCCUAUAAAUGCAAGGUGGAGCGAGGCUCUGCAGAAGAAGAGAAGAUAAACAGCAUUCUCAACAAUGUGCAAAUCCGGUGGAAGAACUGA